GUCGCAUACGUAACAAUGGACCAAGUCAUUAAGGUACUUGUGCAGUUUUGUAAGGACUACUUUGGAAAAUGUGCUCCUUCCCGGAAGGAGAUCGCGGCAGUUUUGUCGCUGUUAAAUGAGCUGGGGGAGCUGGACUCUCCCCGCUACGUUUUGGAUUCGAGUAGGUGGGACUUGCUCACCUCGGUGCUAUGCCAGCGCGCCAUGGCCAGUCAGAAGGCUACGGAACUUAAAACGUGGGGACUGAUAUUAGGAGCCCUUAAAGCGGCCAGAGUUGAGGGAAAGGUAUUGGUGGAGGCUCGAUACCUUUUGGGUCUCAGCGGAGGAGGUGAGACACAGGACCCGGUCGGGUCCGAUGGGGGUUCGGGAGCAGUUUCUUGCAGGGGCCGAGAGGAGACGGAGCCGCCAAUGACCGUUGGCGGGAUGGCGCCGGCUGAGCCGACCGCGCUCAGUUCAAAAGAAGACAAACAACAAGAGAGUGAAAGUUCGUUGUCUCGUCCCCCUCCCCCGUAUCCACACCCCUCAGGCGGAACGUUGUAUCCUUUAUCAGAAUUACGUCAGUAUUACCUGACUCAAGGGGGCGGAGGAAGCUGUGAUCUACACGGGCAGGAUCAACUUAGUGCCCACAUGGGGAGGGACCAGACAAAAGGUCCGUCCAAUGCGGACAGGGGGCAUAGCCUACCGUCUCUGGUCACUCCCAGGGGCGGUAGUGCGAGUGAUAGUGUAGAAGAGAAAGAAGGGACUGGCUUUGAGUGCAGGGGGAAGGAUCAAAUGACGGACUGGAAUGGGAUUAGAUCGGAGGCUUUGGGAAAGGGUAUAGUUCCAGAGGCAUUCCGGGUGAUUGUGAGUGAUCGUGGUCCCGAAUGGGUGCCGCCUGACCCCGGGGGUGUUACGCGCCUGGUGGAAUUUAUGGAUAAAAGAGGCCUGAAAUCGCCUCUGACAUUAAAUGCACUACAAACUUUGGCUGCACUGGGGCCUCUCUUCCCCCGUGACAUCACAAACUUAAUGCGUAUGGUGCUCAGGCUGGUUCAAUAUACGUUAUGGGAGACGGACUGGGUGGCCGAGUUGGGGGGCCGUGCCGGGGCGACAGGGGUCGGCCCGGGCUGCUCCCUGCAUGGGACCGGAAUACAGCGGCUUUCAGGGAAGGCCGUGGGAGUGGCUUCGCCCCAGGGCCAGCUAGCGAGACUAAGGCCAGGGGAGCUAAUAGCAGCCACAGAUGCAGUGGUGGAAGCGUUUAAUAAACUUGUGCAUAAGGCCGAACCACCUACUCCGUGCACAGAUAUUACCCAGGGCCCGAAUGAAUCCUUUCAAAGCUUUACAGACAGGCUUUUAGCUGCUGCAGAGGGGUCUGAUCUCCUGGUACCGGCCCAAGGGCCAGUGAUCAUUGACUGCUUGCAGCAGAAAUCGCAUGACAAUGUUAAGGCAUUGCUGCGAGCCGGCCGAAGUACGCUUAAUACCUCGGGAGAAGUUAUUCAGUAUGUCUUAGAUAAGCUCAAGGUGGCUCAUUUAACUAAUGAAAGGCUAGUCACAGCUAUUGUCGUAGCUGUUGGCCUGCGACAGCAAAGAUCGCUGCAGCAGCAAGGGCUGUGUUUCCGAUACGGCCAGUAUGGCCAUGUUAGAGCACAAUGCCCCUGUGGGGGAGGCCAGUCAGGGCCUCCUGAUCACAGGAAGGGCUUGCUAAAGGGUAUCCGUGGUCGGGUAUGCAGCAGUUAAAUAUCAUGAAUCUGGGAAAUUCUGUGGGUACCAUCGCGAAAAGUAAUACCAGAUAUAAGUAGCAUAUCUGCAAAAACUGAGUCUAGGUGCGAGUUUUCUACAGAAAUUCUUCGUUGGCAGACCGAAGCCAACUCCAGAACAACUGAGGGACAGACGAUGGGAUCAAGAACCACUCGUCAAGAGGAGCACUACACCUGCAACGCUGACACUUCCGAUGUUGCCGAUGUUUAUGGUGUCCAUGGCGAUUACAGAGUGUCACAAACAACUACAAUGGACACAAGAACAUAUGCAGAAAAUUAAAGAAGAGCGUGAUCCCUUUGGAAGCUGGCUGGACGGACUGUUUGGGGGAACGGGUUCAUGGUUAAAGCAAUUGCUUAAAGCUCUCGCAGUAGGAUUUGCAAUCUUUGUGUGUAUUCUAAUCUGUCUUCCAUGCUUUGUAGGAUGCUUGCAGAACUGCCUUCAACGAAUGAUGGACAAGACUUUUGACUAUCACAUUGAGUAUCAUAGAUUGCGUGAAAAAUUAUAGAGGGUUUAGGUUGUUGCGUUCGUGCUGUAACGGGGCAAGGCUUGGCCGAGCACGGAAAAGAAUUCCCUGUUGCUCUGAUGAUUGCUUAAGAACUGUAGUAGAAAAUAGUAGGAAUAGUGUGCUGAAAUAUAUUUAGGAUUAGGCGUUUUGCGCUGCUUCGCGAUGUACGGGUUAGGUGUGUGUGUAAGUAGUAUUUAGCUUAGGGAGGGGGAGAUGUUGUAGUAGGCGUCUUGCGGGGGCACGGGAUGUACGGGACAGGCCUCUCCCUAAACAUAGAGAGAUAGUGCUAUCGUGCUGACCUUGUUGCAGAGAAAACAGGAGAAGAAGAAGGAUGAUAAAAGAAUGUGGAAACGGCCAAAUAAGGCACAAUGUUAUCUGGUGUGAACUAAUCAGAGUGGGACAUGACAGCACGGUUAUCUAGGUAAAAAUGUAUAUAAGCUGUGUUUAGUAGUGAAUAAACGCCAUUUGCCUCACUUACUCCUGGGGUCUGGGUGAGCAUCUGGCCCCGACCUGGUAAAGGGUCGGUUUCGCCCAGCAGUAAGCCCUACAUGUGGACAGAGGACGAACACCGGACGAGCGAACGGAGACUACAUGCAACAAUUCUGACACUGUAAUCAAUAAACACUUACUUGUGUAACAUUACAGCUGCAGUGAGUGGUCUCUAAACAGCAGGCAUGCCUUAUCUUGGCUCUGCAGGAGGAAAGGCCAUUACGAUAAGGCACAAUCAGCCACACCAGCCUCCCUCGCAUGUUUUCUGUCAUCCUCCUGAGUUUCACCUCCUCUUAGAAUACCUGUCAACCCAUUGAAAUGGGCAUUCAGCAAAACUGAGAUAUGAACAAAGCAGCAGUCAGAAAUGUACCACCAAUUCUAUAUCUAGAUCGAAAACACAAGGCUACAAUUUUCAGAGCUCCCACCAGCAGCUGCGCUGGAUGAGCCCUGAGGCCGUGCUGCCCAGACACAGGUGUCAUUUGGCUGUGUGAAGCUAGGAGCGCUCACAGCUCCACGCCGCAGCAAAUACCGCCAUUUUCUGCACCUGACCGCCCCCGUGUGGCCGCUUUAAGAGCAAAUGGCGCGCAAAUAGGCGGGAAGCGCCGUUCCGGCAAGGGCGCGAGGCAGAGCGGGCGGGGACGGAAAAGGCAGGAGAUGGUGGGCUGCUGUCUGAGCACCUCCAGCAAAGUUCCCAUAAUUGCUGUAACAGGAGAGCAUUCCUAGUAGAUGUUAUCUUUUGGACGGCCUGGCAUCUGACACCCCUCCUAUUUUUCUCCCUCAAACAGUUCUAAAGUAUUUCUAAACAUUAGAAGAGCUCAGCAUGAUAGGAAGAGUAUAAUAAGUGCCUAGGAGGAAAUAAAAAAUAAAAGAAGUGGAAGUUUUAAACUUUCCUAAUGACUGAGACUAUGGCAUAUACUGUGUACAAGCUGUCAUUUGGAGCUACCUACAAUAAUCAAAAACAUGAUAUAUCUCUAUUAUUAGAGGCUCCUGAAUGGAAAGAAAUCAGAUGAGAAAAAUAUGAGCUUAUAAUUCCUAGUAGAGUGAUGGUGCUUAUUAACAACCUAGUAAAGACUCUCACAAAAAUGGAAAGUUUGCAGAUUGCUGUUGACCAGUUAACUUUAAUACCUAGAAAAUAUAAUUGACCUUCUGCUUUUUAAACCUGUAUCACACGUGAAUUCACAGUAAGAUAGGUUAGGCAUGUGUCUCUUCCCUAUAAAUAUUUUUUAUGUUAAUCUCUUCUAGUGAAUGAAAGAAACCUUUUCAGGCUUUGAUCUUUGGUGUUUAGGCUUAGACUAAAGGGGUGUCGCCUUACUCACAUUUUAGGAUGAGUUCCAUAAAUCAAGAUGUUUUCAGUGAAUGCUGUGACCUUUUGUGUUAUCAUAGGAAUUAUAUUGUACUCCAGUGGAAACCUGAAGAAGGGCUUUGAAUAUGAGCAAGUAAUCAAUGAUUGAAGAGCUAGUGGAGUAUAUCUAGUGUUGGUAUAGUACUCAUACUUGUCCUACCACUUGAGUUUUAAAGAGCAAAGUGAAGUCAAAAUGAUUCAGAUAUAGACUUUCUAUGACAACUGGAAGAUGACCAAUCAUCAAUGAACCUCUUUUUUCAUUUUCUAUCUUCACUCAUAUUAAUCUGAAGUAGCUUCUUCAUCUGUUAUUAAUGGUUUCUGUUAAGAAAAUAAAUACAACAGAAAGAAACAAGCAAUCGUUUUUCUUAUGCUGAGAAGAUGAAUAGGGGAUUCAGAGUCCAAAUUAGAAUUGAAUAGAAAGAGGCACCUGCUUACCAUCUUCUGCCAGAUAUUUAACUUCCAUAGAUGGGCACCAUGUGAGACACAGCACUUAAUUACUGGUUGUCAUGUUUUCCACUUAGUAUGCAGACUUUUAGGUUUACUCUUCUGAGGCAUCUAACCCUCUAUAAAUCCUCCAAGGAGGACCUGAUGUCUGUCCUGAUUUCAAAACAUAAGUAAUUUUUUACCUUUAUGAGUUCUCAAGCAAUUCUACCUAGUCUAUCCUUCUACUACACUGAUUGUUUAUUUUGAAAAAGUAUUAAAGAAUUCUGAAUUGUUUUGAAUUUGCCAGGGCUGGAUAUUUGACAAAAUAACAUUCAUGAUUACCUAGAUGGAAAUCAUCACAUUCCUUGUUAGAAUAGGCUGGUGAGAAAGCAACUAUAUUGUUUCCCAGUGCUAAUUUGCUCAAGAGCACAUCAAAUUUAACUGGAAGCAUCAUACCAGAUACUCUGAGGAAAACAAUUCCGUCCCAGCUGAAACUAACACAUUUACUUAUGACAUGGUUUUAUGGUUUUUCAUUGAUAUUCCACAUCAUAACAUCAUACAGUGCACUGGGAGUUAAAGAGUUAAUGCUGCAGUUUCAUGAAUGGUCACUAUAUACUCAUGAGUUCCAGUCUCUGGGCUUUAGAAGAGAAGAAUGAACUACGACUCUAAGAAGACUUCAUUUUUUUGUUUGUUUGUUUGAUUGUUUCUGUUUCCCAUUUCUGUUUUCUGUUGGGAGAGAAAGCUAAAAUAGACCGAGAGUCACAAGACAGCACUUUUUGCUCCCUGGCCACUUUGCCUACAGCAUUAGAGUAAGGUUUUGGAAACUCUCUCAUUUUAUUUGAUUUAUUAGCUUCAAUUUCAAUAUUACUGUAUUAUCUUACAUUCCGCUACUAUAUUUAGUAAACUGAGGUUUUGUUUGUUUGUUUGUUUGUUUUCCUUUGGCUCAUUGCUGCUGUUUUCCUCAUCCAGGCAUGUCUCCUUGCCUUUUCCCUUUCUUCUCCCACCUACCCCCAUCUCCAGGGUGUGGAUCUUUGGGUCCCUUCACCCCCUCAUCACGGAAACUGGGCCAAACCAUGACAAUUCAUUAAUUUUAUCAAGGCUGAAUGGGGCUUUGAGCAACUUGAUCUGGUGAGAGGUGUCCCUGUCUAUAGCGGGGGGUUUGGAACUAGAUGAUCUUAAAGUUCCCUUCCGACCCAAACCAUUUUAUGAUACUGUGAUUCUAUGAUUCUAUGACUUCUAAGCAAGCUGCAGUCAAAGUUUAAGUAUUAAAUUUUAAACAUAUAGCCAUUUAACAAGGUAUUUGCACAAGUCAGUACAUCUUCAUUCACCUAGCAGGAAGGAUGAGGAAUCAGUAUGGAGAAGCAGCAUAAAAUCUGUGCAUAAAUUCUGCCGGCCCUAAGCCUUCUUUUGAAAAUUUAUUUGGGUCUGAACUGACUUUUUUACGUGGCUGAAUUUCUUUCCCAGCACAGGUUUUGUAAGCCAGUGUUGCUAAGCUGUAAGAGGGAUCCCCACUGUGCAAUUCAAGUCACUGACCACAGUACAUGGUCUGUUCAUGCACUUGAUGCUACAAUACUUAAAGUGCAUCUAUAUCAUAAAUAAGGAUGAAAUGUCUGCUUAGGAACAGGCUUGGAAGCAUUGACCUGAAAAAGCAUCUGUUACCUUGCUUUCAGCCAGAAAUAAUGAUAUCAUAAACAGACUAGUACUAGUAUUUCCAGUUUGGCUUCCAAAGCCAGAAGAAAUCUGUGUAGUUCUGGUGUUGUGCUUUGUUUUUGCCCUUCUACUCCUCACUGGGCACACAGGAAUGCUUUCUCUUAAUAUAAAGAGUGAUUUUUUUUUUUUUAAAGCUAAAAACCACUAGAAAAUCCAUGCUUUUCAAGCUUCUGCCAAGUUGGCUUAAUUAGGCUCUUUAGAUGAAAAAAAAAACUAGCAUAAGGCUACACUAGUAGUGUCAAAGCUCUGAUUUUCAUGCUUCAGCACUAAUUUACUUCUGAAUAAACUUUAGUUAAUCACAUUUCUGCAACUCAAACAAAUAAAGAGCCAAAUUCGCCCUGGUUGAAAGGAGACCUGGUCUAAUUUAAGUCCAUUAGAAUUCCAUUCUCCCAGUAUUUACUAUUUUAUGUAGUAAAGUAUAACUGUUUUGGAGGCCUCCAGGUAUGUACACAGGUAAAGUAUUUUAGCAGAUAAAAUCCACUCAAAAUUAAUUUCACAAUGGAAAAUGUUUUAGUCAACUCCUAGUACACCAUCUAACAGAUUCAUAAACCAUGGAUAGUGACAUCUGCUUUGCCUGCAACAGUAAUUCUUUCACUUAAGUCUUGAGAGUACCUUUGUCUACAGAUCAAAGAUCAGCAUCUUACCCAUAGCCACUUAGUCUUUGACUCAGUGACCCUGCCAGCAGGGACACAAAGUAGUGCAAGAUGCAGUGGUAUCCUUAGGCAAUGCAGCUAAUAAGAUUUUGAAAACUUAAGUAAUUGUGAUUUCUAUCUAAAAAAGAGUUGGGUAAAUAUCCUGCAUAAGAUUUUGUGAACUGAUGCCAUUCCUAUUUUUUUUACACUUUUCAUUCCUUGAAGAAAGACAUUUGUAAUACUGCAGCAUUCUUACAGUAUUUAUUUCAUCUUCUAGAUUAAAAAAAAACAACAACAAAACAACAAAAACAACAACAACAAACUGCCACAUUUGCAUAGAUCCCGUGUAAAUAGAAAAAGUGCAAGGUAGGAAGACCUUCUCAUUGAGCUACUGAACAAUAAAUCUCACUUGACCAAACAUAAUAAAGCCAUUCUGGGUAAAACUUGACUAAGAUGAUUGAGGAGACAAGACAAGAUAGGCAUAAAAAAUGAGAACUCACAUUUAUUAAUUGACCAGUUAGGGCUUUUUAGAGGUUAUUUGGUACACUGAAGAAUCAAGAGAGUAAAGCAACAUAUGGAUGUUAUUUCUGCAAAAAUUGUACACCUUUCUCUUAUAGUCUAGACUACAUCAAAAGUGAAGAGAGCAUAUGAUUUUGCACAUUCUGCAAAUAAAUUCAUAAAGGCCAACAAGACUCAAUAGAUUUUUAAGGCAAAAUCAUAAACUUGUGGUGAGCACCUUGAUGUCUGGAGGAGGAAGGAGAAGCGCCAGCUGGAUCCAUCAUCUAACUUGUCAGUUUUACUAUGUUCAUCACUGUGGUACCAGAACACCUUUACAAGCUAUAAAAGUAAUCACAAUUAAAGGGUCAUAGAAUCAUAGAGUUGUUUGUGUUGGAAGGCCCUCGUAAAGGUCAUCUAGUCCAAGUCCCCUGCAGUGGUACAGGGACAUCUACAGCUAGAUCAGGUGGCUCAGAGCAUGGCCCAUCCGGACCUUGAAUGUCUCUAAGGAUGGGGCACCCACCACAUCUCUGUUCAACCUGUGCCAGUGCCUUACCACUCUUAUCGUAAAAAACUUCUUCCUUAUAUCCAAUCUAAAUCUCCCCUAUUUUCAGUUUAAAACCAUUUCCUCUUGUCCUAUCACAACAGCUCCUGCUAAAGAGUCUGUCCCCUUCUUUUGUAUAGUCCCCCUUUAGAUACUGGAAUGCUGCUAUCAGGUUGAACAGCUCCAGAUCUCUCAGCUUGUCUCUGUAGGGACGGUGUUCCAUCCCUUGGAUCAUUUUUGUUUGGAUCACCCUCUUCUGGAUGUGCUCCAACAGCUCCAUGUCUCUCCUGUACUGAGAACUCCAAAUCUGGAUGCAUUACUCCUGGUGAGGCCUCACCUGCACAAAACAGAGGAGCAGGAUCACCUCCCUCAACCCGCUGGCCACACUUCUUUUGCUUCUUUUGAUGCAGCCCAGGAUAUGGUUGGCUUUCUGGGCUGUGAGGGCACAUUGCUGGCUCACGUCCAGCUUCCCAUCUCCUAGUCCUUUUCAGCAGAGCUGUGCUCUAAGCUUCCAUUCCCCAGCUUGUAUUGGUAGUGGGAGUAGCCUUGACCCAGGUGCAAGACCUUGCACUUGGUUUUGUUGAACCUCAGGAGAUUCACCUGGGCCCACUGCUCAAGCCUAUCUAGGUCGCUUAGGAUGGCAUCCCCUUCCUCUAGGUUUCUGUUUGUAUCUGAUGAAGGAUGGCUUUGUUAACCUCAUCAUUAUUAUUGUGAAACAAGAAGGUGAAAACAAUGAAAUUUACAUUUUACUCUGAAGGAGCUGAGAAUUGUAAUUGUUCCAGUAUCAUAGGGAAUUAAUUCCGUAGCUGUAUGCCAGCUGCCAAGAAUAUUUUAUCUGUUCAUGGCACAGAGACAAGUCUUCUCUUGUCCGUGUGGAAUGCAACUGUAGUGAAAGGUCAUGAAGUCAGACAAAAGCAGCCUUCAUUCUCUUUCACUGGCAGGGCACACAGAAGUUGCUUAGGAUAGAUGUAGGCAGGAAGGUAGAGACAAGGAUUGCUGAUUUUUAUUGGCUUCCCUAGUAGUGCAAGCAGCUACCUUCAGCUUAUGUGCUACAGAUCUGUCCUUAUCACUCUGCCAGCAGACCAUGCCUCCCUUGGGCUUCAAUGUGCUGAUGGUCAUAGAAACCAGAGCUCUAUCUGAAUACAUUUUGAACAGUAUAUAGCUAUCUGAACUGGUGCUUAAGGGUACACUGUACAUAAAAUACUCCUUAAAUAUUUCCAUAUUCCUUCUACAUAAUAUGCAUGAGAAUCUGGCCCUUAUCUUUGUUAUUUUUGUCUAACAUUUUUCUGUGGCUUUUUUUCUUUUUCAAUCCUUUAAUGUUAUUUUUUUUUCUUUCACUAUGAAUAACAUGAACCUUAUACCAACUUUAUGAAGUGAUCCCAUUGCAACCAAAGGAAUUUUACAUCCUAUAAAAAACACCUCAAUGAGAAUAAAUUUAUCUUGAAAUCUUCUCUUAAUGGUAAUAUUCCUUUUAACGCUAAUGAGAUUUUGUCCUCUGUGUACAACUAUCAAUAAGUAAUUAAUGACAACCAGAAGACGUAGUACCCCAAAUAUCCUUUGCAAUAAGAUGAAAAGACUGAAAACUGGAUACAGAUUCGGUCUUUGCAUGGAGGAUCUAUUUCUGGUCUUGCUAUAGAAAUGUUUUUUUUUAAUUAAGCUAAACAUCAUGAGAGAAACAAGUGAGAUAAUUUGGUAUUGUGAGAUCUCUGCUCUUUUUCACUUAUGGUCAUUUUAUGUAUUGAAAUACUUGCAAUGAAAAGUGAUCCGGUUAUUCAGCCAUCGAAAUAAUCUGUUUCUUCAUCAUGUUAUCAAUGAGUCUUCAACUGUUCUACUUUGCACAGAAAUUACAUGUGAUUUCCUUUUUCAAUGUAUUUUUUUUUCUUUUUAAAAAACAAUCACUAUAUUCACAGGGAGAAUUUGUUAAAUUGUAAAAUCAUAUUUAAGACUUCAAGGUGUAUAUGAAUUACAUGACUUUAAAGAGGCCAGCUUUCUGUCAGAUGUGUGGGAGUGAAUGACAGACUAAUUCCCACACACCCCCGAGAAAAUUGAGAGUUGUCCUUCUACUAAGUAUUCAGUUACAACUGGCCCUAUAUAUAUACAAUUUCCAUAUUAUAUAGAUGUAUAAUUAUUGCAGCUUCUUUACAUUUUACUGCCAUGUCACUUGCCUAUACAAAUACGCUGAUAAAACAAACCAUUCUGAAAACAGUACUCUGAUGUGCCAGCAUUUUGUAUUAAAGUGUUUCACUUUAUUUUCAUCUCAUAGUCAUGUGCUGGGGAGCAGAUAUGCUAAAUGUGUUAUUAAAAUUAGAUUAUAUUUAGCAGGUUUGAGAUAAUCUGCUGUUUUCUUUCAGCUGUAUACAAUGAAGGAAUAUCCUGAGUUGGAAGAGAUCCACAAAGGAUCACCCAAAAUUCAAACCAUUAGUCUGAGAACAAUGUUGGAACACUCUUUGAACUCUGGCAGCUUAGGGCUGUGACCACUGCCCUGGGGAGCUUGUUCCAAUGCCCAACCACCUUCUGGUGAAGAACCUUUUCCUAUAUCCAAUCUGAUCUUCCCCUGACAAGAUACCAUUAAUAUCUGCUCUCAUCAUGUUCUUACUCCACUUCAAGAUUCCCUAAUGUGCAUUUCACAUUACAGUUAAAAUCCCUUAAUUUGUCCUGAUGUACAUCAGCUGUGGGAUCACUGCACUAUCAUAACAAAAAAAAAUAUAAACAAAACAAAACAAAAAACCAAACCCACCAGCAACUAUGCUUGACAAAACCACAUGAAAAAAAAAAAAAGCAUGUUUGUUAAAAAUGUUUUUUUUUUACAGAACACAUUUACUAUAAGUAGUUACUUUUCAGUGAGCUAUUGACAUGACGCACAAUGCAAAGAGACUGGAUUGGUGUCUUUUCCUUGAAGAUAUGUAUAACACAAUGCGUAGACAGAUGUUCUAGACAGAUACUCAAGGUAAUUAUAAUAGAAUUGCACUAUCUGAGUGCUGAGAAAUAUCAGUUAUGAAUCCCACAAACACUAGCACAGUUGUCUCUAGAAAGAAAACAAAUGAAACUGCAUUUAGUUUCCCACCUUGAGAUCUUCAUGUCAGUAUAUCUGGUUGAUAGAUUAUGCUGUCUCACUGGCUAUCUGCCUAGAGGACAGAGAAGCAAUUCCCCUUGGAAUGAACCUUAGUACUUCUCUUUACAUUGGCUAUCAUGUGGAGUCAAGAACAGACACUUAUUGCCAUCUGACUAAAAGCAUGGCCUGGAACUUGUAUGUGUAUCUGUGCAUGUCAACAGUUUUCCAAUACAUGCGCCUAAAUUUAGUCACUGAAUUCAUUAUUGGGCUUUCAAAUAUGUGACCUGAUAUUCAGAAGUACUGACCACUCAGGUAUCUGGUGAUUUUAGUGCAAGCUGUAAUUAUUCAGAAUCUCUGAACAAAAUCAUCCAGUGCAGUUUUCAUUUUAAGUCAGUAGAAAGAUGGUUGUUACAUUUCAUAGCUACUGGGUUGGACUGCAGCUAUUUAGUCUUUGGCAACCAUAUUUGACACUCUCAGCCAGGCACUUGCAUGGUAAUCAUGUGAGUGAGUCUGAUAGUCACAUGAAAACUGCAGUGUCACAUAAUCAAAAAAAAAAAAAAAAAGAAUCACAGAACUGCUAUUGCUUUAUCUGUAUCCUUUAUUUCAUCUGUCUUAUGACUUACUUGAAAAUCCUGAGUGUCUUAGCAGUUAUCGUCCUUUAAAAAUGAACCUGUCAGAGAAAUUUUCUUCUCCUUCACAAAUACAAGAAUUCCUCCAUCUAUCUGUUAUUAAUACAUGUAAGAUCCAAAAUCCUUCAUUUCUUGGAUGGGCAUGUUGUGACAGCUAUCCAUGGAUAGUUGUCAUUAUAACUAAGGAUUAUUAUCAGGAAAACACACAAAAAAGGUUUAAUGUUCAGUAAGAACUUUUGAUUUUAGUUUCCUGCCCCAGUACACUUUGGAAGACACAUAAAAUACAAGGUGACUAAAUUCCUUAUAAAUUAUGUAAUACAGAAACUUUACAUUUCUAUGAAGAGCAAGUUACUCACUCUGAGCUUUACAGCUCACUUUUAGCCCCUGAGUGUCAAUAGUGCUAGAACUGACAGACUAACUGAUUCACUAAUUGGACUUCUUCAUAUACUGGCUUCCAUCCAUAAAAGUUCCAGGGCUGGGGAAAGAGCAUUUUAGUCUACCUUCUAGACAUUGCUACGUAGCUCCCUAGCUGUUCUAAUGUAUGCCAGAAUCUGACAGUAGAGGAUUAAAAAUUUUUCUCUGCUCUGUCCUCUUUUUUGCCUAAGCACAGCUUCUGUAUACUAAGGCACAGUAUACAGCCUAUUAUACUGCCUUUAACCUUGAAAAUUUUCAAUGCUAUUUUAGUUCUGUUUAGAAAGGCUUUCUUUCUGCCUUGAAAAGUUGAACUCGAGGGAACAAAGGUAGCUGGGUUUUCAGUUGGAAGGCUACAAAAGCGGUUCCAGGUUUUUGAUCCUCUGUAGCCCUUUUUUCUUUUUUUGGAAAUAAGAUAUAAAGAUUUUGCUGUUAAGAGUCUGGAAUGAUCUGCAGAGCUUUUUUUGCCAGCUGCAGUAAUCCUCAGACACUUGGUCAAUCCUUCCAGAUGUAAAUUCUGUGGCAAACUAAUUUAAAACAGGUAGAAAUACACUUAGUUCACUAGUACUCACAAUAUGGUUACAUUUCAAAAACAACAUCAAUCUUGCCAAAGAGAGAAAAUGACUGGCAGUUUUCCCUGUUCAAAAUUAGAGGAAUAGCUGUGCAACAGGCAAACCUGAGGGCACAAUUCAUUUUUCAGUCACACUGCUGAAAGCCUCUGACAACAUUCGGGCACCUUUCCCUGAUGUAUACUCAAGACCCUUACAGUGUACGUGUCGCCUCUUCUACAUUUAAAAGUACUCCUUUUGCCUUCUAGAUUUAUCUUUUUUUCUUUGUUUGUUUUCCAAUUUAAACUACUUCCUCUGAGUUAAACUGAAGCUACAAGAACUGUCAGGAUUUCAUUAAAUCCCCUUCAAACAUGAACACUGUUAAUGUCCCCCCACCCCUACACAUACAAUUACUUUGGUUUUGGUUUUACAAUAAGAUGGCUGAGAAAAAUACUAGGUGAUAAAGGUAAUCACUACAUUGUAGAAUUUUAAUAAACUGUUUUCUUCCUCAGUGAGCCAUGAAAACAAAUCAUGAUUUUUCAUUCAUGAUGCACCUCAUGGCUUAGUUAAAUUCUCUUGCUCGUCAUCUCUUUGCUAUGUGCAAGCUGUAUUUUGACGUCAGUAACUAAAGAAGUUCUCAAUAUGAUGUGCAAUGUUUGUAAGAUGUUCUAAGUUGCUAUAAAUUCAAGCAGCCUCUUUGUUAAAUACAUUUUGUUGCUGCUUCAUCUCAUGUUGGCUAAUUUGUAUGUCUCAUGUUACCUUACUACUCCACAGCAGACAUAUUCUAACAUUUAAAUUUACUUUAAAAACUAGUAAUUGUAAGUAUGCCGCCACUUGGCCUCAUAUAAUUAUCAUCUGUUUUGUUUUCCAGCCAUAAUACAUUUCAUGUCUUUACAUCCAACUGACUGCCUAAUUCCAGUUUCCACAUGAAAAUGCUUAUCACAAAAUACUCUUCAUAUCAAUACUGCCAGAGAUCAGGCCCAUUUAGCUGCCUUUUCUGACAGAUAUUCUUGGCUAUGGAGAGCCUGUUAAUAAUGAUUGAAGUAUAUGACAUUUCUCUGGAAUUAAUGAUUGACUACAAGACUCCAGUGGCUCAGUGCUUGGCAAAGGACCGUUCUCUCUAGCAGGCAAUCUUUCCCUGGGAAAUACUCAGAGGUUGCAUGAAGAUUAUCAUUAUUGUUUACAAAAUGAAAUAGUGAAUUUUAAGCAUGAUCGUUGCAAUUGCUCUGUGUUUUCAUUGUUCAGUAUUCUUCAGAUUUAUCUCCACCUCAGUGUUUAGAUUAACAUGUUAUCUUUUUCUCUUAAUUUUACUCUUUGGAAAUCACUUAUUUACAUAAAAGCUUGCAAGAAUCAGUUCUAAUAUUCCACACAGGUAAACACAAAAUAUAUAAUACACACAUAUCUGUAAAAAGUAUGAGGGUGUAAUGUGUUCAUAUAACUUCCACUGAGAAAUGGCUAUACAACGCUAUGUAUGUCCCCCCCAAAACCUACUUUCUAGAUUAAAAUUGAACAAGCAGCAUUGCCAUUGAUCCACAUGUGAAAGUCUCAUUGAAAAGAGAGAAGUAUAAGAGGACUAACGUGCUUUGUAUUAAGGUCUGUGCCUACAGUUAAGUACUUAACUAAGUGGAUAUGUGCUUGAGAAAAGACAUGUUCUGUGGAUAGAAACUUCAUCUUCUCAAUUGUUCCAGAGGCAAAAUGCCUUAGUUAUGGGAUUAAACUAUAGAAAAAAAUAAGUAAUUAUUACUUACUUCAAUGCAAUGACAAAAGGGAUGUCUAGAAAACAGACAGUCUUGAUGCUAUAUUGUGAAAUCUCGUGUUUCUCAGCUUGAUAAAGACAACUGAAAUCAAAGUUUAUUUACAGUUUUAAUUGAAAAACUACUUUAGAAAAUCAUACAUGCCCCAGUACUGUAUGAAGAGCCUGUUUCUCUCAGUUUUAGUUUUGUUAUUUCCAUCGUUAUGCUCAGUGGUUAUAUAUUUUGAUCAUGUAGAUAUUUUGACAACUGCAUGCUAGGAAGGCAUUAUAACACACUGCAGCAGGCAAAAAAAAAAAAAAAAGGGGGCUCACACUCUAGUCAAGAAUAAGUCUAGUUCACCCUUAAGACUCUAAGACAUAACACGGUGAAAAUAACUUUACUGCUAAUAUUAUUAACAGGAACAUAGGGCAUAACUAGAGUAAUUUAUGAUUUAUUAGGGUAAUAUGAUGUAUGGGUUCUGAGUUCAAUAGGUCUUAAGGUGUCACAGGAAACACUGUUUUUCAAAGAGCUUUGAAUCACUCUCCUUUUUUUUUUCCUAGUUCUGAGCUCCGUUUCCUAGGACAUGCCAUUUAGAGUCAGAUCCUGAUCUCAAGGAACUGAGUCCAGCAGAUGUUAGAUUCUAGCCUAAAUACUUUGCCUUUGUUGCUGUUGUAAAAUGCUUAGGGAAAUCCCCAGGAACUUAGCAAAACAAGGGACUCAUACCAUAGGCAGUCAGGAUUGAUGGCCCACAAAAUAAAUCCUGUUUCGAUGCUAUUAUUUCUGCACAUGCAUAGCACUAAUCAGGCAAAAUAUGUAAGCACCUUUUCAGCAACAGGGAAACUUGUAUAAUCUUAUGUACUUGACAAGACUGGCCCUUAAAUGUCUACAGAUACAACAGUAAGUAUGAUUCACUUUUGUGCAGUACUUUCAGCACAAACUGCAUCACAAAGUGUUAAAUAAUAAAUAACAGCAGAGUGAAGUAUACACAAGAGAGGAAUGAUAUGAUUUCAGAGGAGACUUGAAAGGGGAUGUUGAUGAGGUGGAGGUUUUAAAAAUUAAAUAUUAACAAAAAGGUUGGUUUGGCUGAGACCAAUUGUUUUUCUCUGCUGAGGAAUAAAGGGGAUUUCUGACCUGCAGAAAGUC